UACUACUCUUAACAAAAAAAAAAAAGGGAAAACAAAAUUAUAGUACACAAAAAUUGUACUACUACUCGAUCUUUGUUUUCUUGUUCAUUUUGUAGAGAGAAAAAUUUAAGUAUCAAAGAUGGCUAUUUCAACAAAAUUAUGUCUCAAUCUCUCCCCUCAACCUCCUCCUGCUUCAACUUGUAACUCAAUUCCUCUACCUUCAAAGACAACUCGAAUUUCUUGGCAACGAAAAGAUAAAUCAUGGAAAAGUCAAUGUGUAUUAGGGAUGGCAUGUGUUGUAAUUAUUGGAUUAGAAUUUGACAGCUCAAUUUUAGGUAAUCAAGAAAGUGCGAUGGCGAUCGCCGGAGACAAGCAAAUACAUGUCGCCGGAAAAUCAAUACAAAAAUGGAGUGAAAAGAGAUCAUGCCCGCCGUGGAACAUGAACUCUUUAGAAACCAUUGUGCCGGAAAAUCUACCGAGGCCGGUGACUCGCCGGAGAUGGGAAACCGUUGAUUAUAGCACUACUCAAUCUGCACCUGAAGUAAAGUUGGUGACAAAAUUUAGUAAAGGGUGCUUCACUAUGUGAACAUUACUAAUUAAGUUCGACUGAAUUCCCUUCGUCCAAAUAGGAUAAAAUAAUAUUUUUUUCCGUUUUAUAUGAACAUGUAAAUUCCUUGCCAUAAGAAAAUAUUUAGUAUAGUUAUAAUUUGUAUAAAGUUAUUUUAAGAAUGCUAAUAAAAAAAAUUGUGAGCUUAAUUU